UUCUAUAUCCUUAUUUGUAGUUAAAUUUAUGUCACUACUCAGUACUCACUAAAGACUAAACGGAUUGUAUGAUCUAAAAUAUAAUUUUUUUACAUGGUUUUAUCAACGUAUUCAACAUUAAUAAUUUAGUAUUUACACAUUAGUAUUAGUAUUUACUACAAAUACACUACGGUAGGUUUGAGGUGCACAUAAUUUGAGAAUUAAUUUUAAUAUUUAAUUUUGAAUUAAAAUGAAUCCUUGUAUAAUUCCUGAGAUUCCCAUUGAUAUACAAGGAGACAACAGAUGGAUGAGCCAGCAUGAACGUCAUGUUUCUGAAGCAAAAGAACGUGAACCUGAUGUUAUAAUGAUUGGAGACUCUAUUAUUCAGAAGUUACAAUCAUGUCCUAUAUGGGAUGAUUUAUUUGAACCUCUCCAUUGUUUAAAUUUUGGAAUUGGCGGUGAUCUUACCCAAGGAGUAUUAUGGAGAAUCCAAAAUGGGAUUCUUGAUAAUAUUAAACCUAAAGCUUGUGUUCUACAUGUUGGUACAAACAAUUUUGGUAAUACUCCUGAAGAAAUAUCAGAAGGUAUUUUAACCAUUAUCAAAGAAAUCAAAUCCAAGCUGCCCGAGUGUUAUAUUAUUCUAUUGGAUUUAUUACCUCGUGGAGCAAAACCAAAUCCAUUACGUGUUCGCAAUUCUAAAGUUAAUGAAAUUAUACAUGAAAAAGUAAAGUCGAUUUCUCGGUUAGAAGUAAUUACUGUCAAUACAGGUCUAUUGCAAUCAGAUGAUACAUUGAGUGCUCAAGAUAUGCUUGAUUAUCUACAUCCAACUGAUACAUGUUAUCGUAAAAUAUUUGAACCUGUACAUGAAUUGCUCUUGCAAAUUCUUGGAGAAGCCAAAGAUCUUGACAAAGAAUUAGUUGGAACUCAGUAAAUAUAGUUUUGUAUUCGCAUAAAGAAAGCAAAAGCAUUUUGUAUUAUGAUUCUUUAGUUUCAUAUUUUCUUAUUAUUUAUGAUUUUCAUCAUUUCAUGGGGCCUUGAUAUUUUCAAAUUUUGUUCCUAAUUUAAUUAAUUGUAUAGACUGUAUUUUUUUUUAGGGGGGAGGGAUUAAGCGAUAUGUAUUAGAUUUAUCAUAAGCUAUGAUCAUUAUAGGUAUAUUUCAAUAUUGCUUUAAAGCUGAUAUUAUUUAUUUUAUUUUAAAUUAAUUUGGGAGUUAGUAUAAUAGUUUUUUUUUUAAAUCUAAUUUUGCAAAUUCUUUGUAUACAUUUAUAUAUAUAAAUAUAAAUGAAUAAUAUGUUUGCUUUAAUAAUUAUAUUAAUAAAAUAAUAAUAUUGUAUUACUAUACAAAUUUUGCUUAUUGUAUUUAAUUAUUUGUGACGUAAACAUAUACAUUAAUAAUUACUACAAAUUACGUUCAUGCAUUGCACAAAUCAUAACCUUUUUUUUAUGUAUAAAUUUAUUUUUAUCAUAUAAUAAAAUAUAAUUGAAAACAAUGAAAUGUUUA